AUGCAUACUCCAAAAGACCCUCAUCUACAAGCAGUAAAAAUAAUUCUGAGAUACCUUAAAGGCACAAUCAGCCGUGGUUGCCCUUAUGAUCGACGAUCUAUUGGAGGUUAUUGCAUCUUUCUAGGAUCUACUCUCAUCAGUUGGAGUGCAAAGAAGCAAUCAUCUGUGGCAAGAUCCUCAACUGAAGCUCAGUACAGAUCACUCACUUUAACAGCAUCUGAGCUUUCAUGGAUUGCAAAGUUAUUUGCAGAUAUUGGUUUCAAACUUCCCUCUCUUCAAGUCUUAUGGUGUGAUAAUAUAUCUGCCAUAGCACUAUCAAAUAAUCCUGUGUUUCAUUCUAGAACUAAACAUUUUGAGCUAGAUUUCCACUACGUUAGAGAAAAGGUUCUCAAUCAAAAAUUGACUGUGAAGUAUGUUUGUAGUCAAGACCAAAUUGCUGACAUUCACACCAAGUCUUUGAGCAAGCAACGUUUCCUUUUUCUCAGUUACAAGCUUUCACUUCAGUCGCCUCCAUUCAGCUUGAGGGGGUGUAAAGAGACCUCUCUACAAGGAGUCAAACAAGUCAAAAGCACGACUCUUGUACAGUAA